CGAUAAGAACAAAAGUGACUCACUGAGCAACCUCAAGGUCUAAAAGAGAUGGGUCGUAAACAAGGUGGAUUGUAUAUCAAUCCAAAGAAGUUUGGAACUCUUAGGAAACCAUGUAUGAAGGAGAUGGUAUCAUUCCUCAAUUGCUUGGUGCUGAACCAGAACAAUGAUAGUAAAUGUGUUCGGCAGAAGGAACUUCUGAGUGUAUGCAUGGAUGCUGAGACUGGGAAAAGCAGGAAGCCUUGGGGAAGCAUCAAUUAUCACCUUCAGAGGCUUAGCAGAGGAAGGAAAUAGUUUAUAUUCUGUGCCAAGUCAUACUCAAUAGUGUUUAGAUCAACAAUUUGACUUUGAGGAAAGGUUUUUGUGGUUGUAAGCAUCAUCCUUGUUUUGAAGAAAAGGUUGUGGAAUAGUUGGUUGAAACUAACCACAUUUUUUCUUGCUUUAAUGAGCAACAUGGUGAGCUGUG